CGCGAAAAAGCCGAGGCUGGUGUAGUUGUUGUAGCGAAGCUGUGAAGAUGGACAGAGAACUUUUCGGCAGACUUGCGUCCAAAAUGGGCCUGACGUCGGUCAAAGUGCUGAGCCAGGCGGAGGAGUACCUGCGGCUCUCCCAGCUCAGAUGUACCGGUCUCGGUGGCGCCACAGCCUCCAGCAGAGCUGUCAUUUGCCUCGAACUGGCAGCGACCUCGCUGAAGCUUCCUCUGGACAAGGAUUUUGCCGUCAAGCUCUCAGGGUUGAAUAAGAAAGUCUACCAAAGCAGCCUAAAGUCGGUGGAGUGCAUGCUGGGUCUGCAGUCCAGCGUUGGGCUCAGAGAGCUGGCCGUGCAGUACGGGUGUAUGGACGCAGUGAAGGUGGCGUCUCAGAUCCUUGAACGGUACGAGGCCAGUCUUCCUGCAGCUCAUCAGCAGAACCUCGACCUGUCAAAGCCGCUCUUCACCACUGCGGCUCUGUUCGCUGCCUGCAAGUGCAUGAAAAUCAGAGCAGACAAGAAGCUGGCGUCGUCUUCCGGAGCGAAGAAGGGCGUCUUCGACAGGCUCUGCUCUCAGCUGCAGAAGUUUGGACAGGAGAUUUGCAGUGAAUCCUCUUCUUUGAAGGGGUCCAUCAAAACGGCUCCGAAAAGACAGAAGACACUCACUGAGAUGCUGCAAGAGGAGGAGGAUGAUGAUGGGUUGCCAACAUCUCCUAAGCAACAGAGGGAGCAGCAGCGGCGGCCGAGGGAGGACGAGGAGGACGACGCUGAGGAGGACGUGAAACAGAAUUACGAGGAGUGGAAGAGAAAAAUCCUAGAGAACGCACUCGGGGCUAAGGCGGCGGAUCCAUGAGCACGGACUGGUGGUAGUUUUUAUUUAUUUGGUUUUUGGGGGGAUUUUGGCCCUUUUUUGUUUAU